AUGUCGUCCUUUAAGAAAAAUAAGAUACAAAAAGUGCACAGAGAGAGACCUGUGCCAGCGGAACGUUCACACAUGGGUAUGCUAGAGAGGAAGAAAGACUAUAAAGAAAGAGCCAAGAGUUUUCAUAAGAAAGAAGACACAUUGAAGAAAUUGAGAAGAAAGGCAGACGAUCGUAAUCCUGAUGAGUUCUACUUUAACAUGACCAGAACAAAGAAAGAGGACGGAGACCAUCAGUUGCGUGAAGAGGCUGUCCCAGAAGUCACCGAAGAUCAACAGAAGCUGAUGGCUACACAGGACAAGAGAUAUGUUUUGUACAGGUUGUCGAAAGAGUUGAAGAAAAACUCAAGAAAACGUUUGCAUCUGAUUGACAGCUCGACAAAGAAGAAUUCGCACUUAAUCUUCAUUGAUUCACCUAAGGAAGCCCAGAAAUUUGAUGCAGCCAAGUACUUUGACACCCAUCCAGCCUUUGUGGACAGAGCCUUUAAUAGACCGAAGUUAGAUUCUCUAAAAGAAGGAAAGUUCCUCCUGGACCCUACAGAGCUACAGGCUGUUAUGGAAUCAAAAGAUUUAGCAUACAGAGAGCUAACCAAACGAAUAGACAGAGCCAAAGAGUUGAAAAUCAUUGCUGAGAAGUUGGAGUCAAAACUGCAUUCCAUGGACAAGUCCCGUAAAAAAAAGUGUGUACUGAAGGAGACUCCAGAAUGUGCAGCCCAGUACAAAUUUGCUUUCAAGCGACAGAAAUAG